AUGGCGAUGGCGAAGAAACGACUCAACUUCAAAUUGGAGGAAAUUGAAACUGAACCGAAAAUCGAACCUACUUCCGAAUCAUUCGAAUACCCUCCGAAAAUCACCUUCGAUUACAUCAAAAACCGGCACUCACAACGCUUCAGCAUACCGUCACCGAGGAGCAAAUCACCAGAGGCCUUCUCGCCGAGGGAAUUCGAACCAGCCACGUUGAAACGCAUCCGGCUCUUCGACUACCGCCAGACCCACUUCAAGAAGAAAUUCCGCAACUCCUCCCUCUUCAAAUGGAACUGCAAGGACCCCUACGCCAAAAUCGACCAGUUCUUCCGCACCCUGAAGAAGCUCGAGGACGAGGAGAAGCGCCUGCUGAAGAAGGUCAACCUCGGCGAGCUCCACUUCCCCGAGAGCCUGCCGCUCAAAGUCGUCGGGCGCGAGAUCCGCCAGAUCAAGGUCCUCUGGGACUUCAUCACCAUCGUCAAGAACUACCUCUACCAGUUGAAGCGCAUCGAAUGGGACGACAACGCGCUCGACCAGCUCGAGGAGCAGCUGCUCCACUUCAAGAAGGAGCUGAACGGGCUGAGCGACGUGAAAGGCUGCGACGCCUUCGUGCAGGCGAUGUCCAACAUCAACCAAGUGGUGAAUUGCAUUUACACGGUGUCCGAUUUGGAUAACACGGUGCUCGGUAGCGCCGUUUGGAAGGAGACCGUCAUCGGCGAAAAGAAAGAAGAAACUUUGUAG